AUGGACACAAGUAAACAACUGAAACGGAACUAUACACAAAUAAUAUCACCUAGCUCGGAGGACCAAGGUGCACCGAAGAAAGAGUCUACGUGCUUAGAUCAUAACUACAGAACUCAUGCCGACUCUCUAGAAGACUCGCUACUCAAAGUCGACGAAAGGGAACUGAGCGAAUUAACGCAUAAGGAACUUAUCCAGCGCACCCUCAAUAUUGCAUAUGCAGCAAGGAAAUACCUUAACGUAGGCCUCAUGGAUAAGCUACUUAAGUCAAAAGAAAUCGGAAACCCAAUACCACUCAGAGUCAACACGAAAGACGACAAAGGUUUCAUUACUUUCCAGAAUCAACAAGAUGCGGAUAAAGCCCUCGAUAUAAUCAGAACCAGUGAAGAGUGCAAAGCAGUCAUAAACGACCCGAGAACCCAAGAAAAACUAUACCCAGCAAUCGGUCUUUUUGUCCCAAUCGAGAACAUGGAUGAACUAAAAGAGGAUAUUAACUUCAGAAACAGCUUUAUUGAAGGUACACUUCAAAAAAUAGUCCAGAUCCACAAAUGCAACGACCAAGAUCUAGGACAUGUUAAAAUGUAUUUUACCUCCGCCGCGGUAAGGGAUGAGGCGUUAAGUAGAAACAAAAUUCACACGCGCUACAAACUAAUCAAAAUCGUCCCGAUUGAUGUAAACAGGGAAAGUAAGGCGAUGCUACAAAUGCAACAACUAUGGGCACACCUCGUCACACUGUAA